CAGCCUGCUACCCUUGGCCCCAAAGGGGAAGACGCCUGCACGCCUGAGAGAUCUGAGGGGACCCAGAGCAGAUGCCCAGCCCACCUGGGGAACCUCAGCAGGACCAGGAUGACCCAGGAACAUGGGCUGGGGUCUGUCCACUCCCCGUGGUGAGACAAACCAGCUCCUUUGCUGGCUAAUGAGGAACCUGCUGCUCUGGAUCGCCACUCUCACGAACCGGCAGCUGGUGAUCCCCACCCUGAUCAUCAUGGCUAUCAAACUGCUCCUGAUGACCUUGGUCCUCCUCUAUCGCGCUCCCCGGUGCCAGUCGGGCUGGGACCAGAACCAAGGGAGGUGCUACCUUUUCUCCCGGACUAACCAGUCCUGGGAGGCAGCGAGACACGCCUGCUUAGCCCAGAAUGCUGAUCUGGUGGUGAUCAACGACCCAAGGGAGCAGAAUUACGUGGCUAUUAAAGCCGGUUCCAUUCGUCACUGGAUCGGCUUCACCGACCAAGGGACUGAAGGCGUCUGGCGCUGGGUGGACAAUACUCCUGUGGGAUUUACGUACUGGAAUGAAGGGGAGCCCAAUAACCUGCUCACAAGGAGCAACGGCACUGAGGACUGUGCCCACCUGUUGGACACCAGCCUGUGGAACGACGGACCCUGUAGUGUCUCUUACAGGUGGAUCUGUGAAAGGGCCACCACUGUGUAAACAGCCCUCUCAUCCCCCGGCUCUGAACACAGGCUGAAAUUCAUCCCCCCGCCAUGAGGCCUGGGCACGGCUCACGGCCUGCGCAUCAGCCCGUUGUGCUCUUGUGCUGACCCGUUGCCCAGGGCUGAAUCUCACACACAUCCUUGCUCUGCCUGAGGUAUCCUGGCCCCUCUCUCCAUUUGCUGCUCCCAGUGAAAACACCUUCCCUGCUGCAUUUCCUGGUGCCUGUGCUGGGCCCCUAUGACAGUCCCCUCUGCAGUUAUCUGGACCGGUGAUCUUGUAGGUCACUCCAGUCCUUGAAUCUGGGAGCCAGCUUUACCCUGCUCUGCUGUAAGAAUCCCCAUUCCUGGGCUGUUCACGCACAGCCUCCAGCAUGUAAGCUGCUUGGAUUGUGCAACCAAAUGACAGUAGCCAAUAUCUCCAAUCCCAGACACAACCCUAGGAACCUCCCUCUUGCAGUGUCCAGUUAUGCUUGCUGGACACUGCAAGCUUAUGUGAGUGUGUCAAUUUAACAAAGAAAUUGAUCUGUACCAGGCUUGUUAUCCCAAGGGGAGUCUCUGACAUGCUUCAAGCCAAACGUACU